AUGGCCGCAGCUUCGAAGGCCGGGCGCUCUCUGCGCAUCAUUGCGCUACCUUUGACUCGUCCAAAAGCACCACUCAAAACCUCCGCUAAUGCUAAAGCCGCGCUCGAUGCCAACCGGAUGCUUGUGUACUACCACUUCAAUAUCGUCUCUUCUGCCUCGGAUAGCCGGCAAACGUCAAAGAUAUCUCAGUAUGUCAACAAAGCGACGACAAAGGUGGCUGCUAUCUGGGCCGACUUCGGGAAAGCGCCAGAGGACAACUGGAAGUUCAAAUUGUAUAAGUACGGGGAGCGUUUAAGUGAUCGGAUUGACUUCGAGGAGCUCGCAUUGAAGGGUGUUGACCCUUCCCUUGGCCCUUCCCUUGCCCACCCCGAUGUCGGGGGCAAGGAAGCAGAGAAAAUAGAAAAUGAUUCGCCCUCGCCCGAGAGUUUGAUUUCUAUCAUAUAUCCACCGUCGACGUUUAGGUCCCUCGGUGCAGGCAGUUCCUCAAAUACACAUCCCGUUCUUGAACAUCUUCGAGACCUUCUAGCGACGCGAGAGCCCCGGCAUCGCAAAGGCUUUUGGACCUGGACAAUAAUAGCUCCUUUCACUGCUCCAUUUGCUAUCAUUCCUGUCAUUCCCAACUUGCCCUUUUUCUUCUGUGCCUGGCGUGCAUGGUCACAUUACAGAGCAUAUCGGUCUUCUCAAUACCUGAAACUUCUGCUUGAACACGGCAUGAUAGUCCCGCAAGAAAGCGCUGAAUUAGACGAGAUCUAUGCUACUACCGCCCCCUCCCCAGAAUCAACGCAUGAUACCAAGGCCUCCAGUGAGGAGGAGCCGCUGCUGUCAAAGGCGGCACCACCUCAGAUUUUGCUCGAUCGGAAGGCCAUACCACGGAUAGUCGAGCUAUUUGGACUUCCAGAGUCUUCUUCUACGGAGAUGUACCGUGCGGCGGAGCAGGUACGCCUGCGUCUAGAACCACCAUCACAAUAG